AUGGGUACCGAACUGGCAACGGCCAAGGCGGACGCCGGGUUUGCACUUUUCUUUGCCCAGGAGCUGCACCUCUUCUUCCAGCACCUGCACCAUGCAGCAGAGACCUUCAAUAUCACCAAGGAGCUGCCCCAGUCCAUCUUCAAAGCGUACAACGACUUUGUUAAGAACGCAAUGGAGGAUCUGAAGCUCAAGGGUCUGGCCAAUGGCAAGGAGCUCUUUGCAUUGGCAGUGGCUGAAUGGAGCAAGCUGAGCGAUGCACAAAAGGCAAAGGUGACGGAAGACUUCAAGGCCAAGGGUUCUGCGGAGCCUGGAUCAUCCUCUGGAUGCUUCCUCGGACUGAAUGCGGGCCGCGCCCCCGCGCACCUGCACCCCCCCACCCGCACCUACCCCUCCCCGCACCUCCUGGCGGCCUCCAACCCUGAGGCGGGCGCGGUGAUGGAGGGGCGCCUGGCGGACGUCCCCGGCGAGGGCCGUCCCCAGGACCUGGUGGUGCGCGUGGAUGCCGGCGGGGCCAGCGUCCUGUCCUCCACCCGCAUCCUGCCGGUGGUGCGCCACGUGGCCACCACCCUGAAUCAGCACUUCCCGGGCCGCCUCUACGUCAUGGAGCUGCACAACCUGCCGCCAUUUGCCACCUGGCUGGUGGUGGCGGUCAGGGGACUCAUGCAUGCCACCACGCGUGACAAGGUGGUGGUGGUGGGGGAGGGCGGACGCCACGCCGCGCCCCCCCCCUGA